AAGGUAGAUCAGUUGGGAGAAAAAGUGUUAAGAAAAAUGCAGCUUUUCACUCUCUCACUCUCUCUCUGUCUCUCUCCACCGUAUGCCUUAAUCUCAUUUUCAAUCUUCCACUCAGGUAUGUGUGUAUGUGGGUGUGAAUACGUGACAGACAAUAAGGAAAAGGUAAAUCAUUUAGCCUUGCUGGACAUCAGUACCUUCACUGUAAUGCAGUUGGUGGAGUUAUUAAGAAGUAAUUAAUGAAGUUAUUAAGGAUACAUGAAAGAGUCACGAAUCCAAGCCCAGCUGUGCUCAGAAAGGCCCCACCAGGUCUGAGACCAUCUAAGUUUCCCUCAGAGCCAGUAAACCCUCCUCCCAGGGAAAUUAGUAUCAGAGGACCUGAUUGGACCCAAUAGCAACAUCAUGGAAUUGGAAAAGCUUUCAAAUGGCGUCCAUUACCCUGAGCAUGUGACCAUUGAAACUAGGUGUACAGAUGAAGAUGUGACUGUUUUGCCAAGGGUUAAUGAUGCUGAAGUCACUCCAGAAGAACGUGAGGAGUUCCUACCUCAUAUGCCUGAUGAGCAAAACCAGAGUCACUUUACUGAUUUUGUUGGAAAGACCUCUUUGAGAAUGUCCAUCUUCAACCUCAGUAAUGCCAUCAUGGGUAGUGGAAUUCUGGGCUUGGCAUACGCCAUGGCCAACACUGGAAUCAUCCUCUUCGUGAUUCUGCUGACCAGUAUUGCCACCUUGUCUGCUUACUCAAUUCACCUUCUCCUGAGAAGCGCCGGUAUUGUAGGGAUCCGUUCCUAUGAACAGCUGGGUAAUCAGGCUUUCGGUGUUCGGGGGAAAGUGCUGGCGGCUUGUGUCAUCUCCAUACACAACAUCGGAGCCAUCUCCAGCUACCUCUUCAUUGUGAAGUCUGAGCUGCCACUGGUUAUUGGAGCCUUUCUGGGAACCCCAUCCAACUCCGGAGAGUGGUAUCUGAAAGGGGAUUACCUGAUCAUCAUUGCCAGCCUGAUUAUUAUCCUGCCUCUUGCCCUCAUGCGGCAGCUUGGAUACCUUGGGUACAGUAGUGGACUCUCCUUGACAUGCAUGGUGUUCUUCCUUAUCUCUGUGAUCUACAAAAAGUUUAAUGUCGGAUGUCCUUUAGAAGACCACAACCUGACCCAGCCCUUAACAGUCAUGGUCAACAGCACCAGUGAAGACGAUGUGUGCGAGGCCAAACUCAUCACGUUUAACUCAAGGACGGCGUACGCCAUUCCAAUUGUGGCAUUUGCCUUUGUCUGCCACCCAGAGGUUCUGCCCAUCUACACGGAACUCUGGAAGGCGACAAAAAAGCGCAUGCAGAGAGUUGCUAACAUCUCCAUCAUAGCAAUGUUUGUCAUGUACCUUCUCACAGCUGUCUUUGGCUACCUCACCUUCUAUGAUAAGGUGGAGUCAGAGCUCAUCUAUACCUACAAGGGAGACAGUGCAGACCACCUGAUUCUGUGUGUACGUUUGGCCGUGCUCAUGGCUGUGACCCUCACAGUGCCUGUGAUCAUCUUCCCUAUCCGGAGAGCCCUGCUCCAAAUCUUUUUUCAUGACAAGCCUUUCAGUUGGGUGCGUCACAUCAGUGUUACAUUCGGCCUGCUGGUCUUUGUCAACAUCCUGGUCAUCUUGGUAGCCAACAUCAAAGACAUCUUUGGAGUCAUUGGAGCCACAUCAGCACCCACCCUGAUCUUCAUACUUCCAGGAAUAUUCUACAUAAGAAUUGUCCCCAAGAAUCUGGAACCACUGAACUCCAGACCAAAGAUUCAGGCUGCCUGUUUCGCAGCUGCAGGACUCUUGCUUAUGGUGAUCAGCAUAUCCCUCAUCAUUAUGGACUGGGUAUCUGGAGGACAAUAAAGCACAGGUGGACACUAACACAUCACCUUCAGCCAAAGACAUGAAGGCAGGACAGCACAUCCCUACCCUACUGGAGUGCCAGUCUCAGUCAUGCACGUCUUUGGCUUUGAUAAGGAUGAGAAGGGUAAUAAGGAUGUUGAAGAAUAGCAGAAGGAUACAUCCGCCACAGUGAAACUGCCCGACCAAAAUGGCCAAAUCAACCGCUCUUGUAUCAGCAUUUUUAUCAGAAAAUGUGGGAAGUUACAUAACCCAGCACUCGAAACACUCGGCUUUCCGCUGCCUCUUAAAUCAAAUUGAGGCCACCGCAAUCAUCACUUUGCAAGGCUCACAAGGAACCCUGCAUGCUGAGGAUGGUGAAGAAAGCGGAGCCAAACCUGGGUCACCGGUUCUUCGUGUGUGCCAGGCCACAGGGACACGCCUCCAACCCAGAAGCCUGCUGUAACUUCUUUGCUUGGGUGGAUAAGGUUAAAUACCAAGGAGUGGCUUGGAACAGGGAGUGACUAAGAGUGUCAGAGAUUCCAUUGGUCAAGUCUGUUUGAAAACACACGGAAGGGGUACCGUCCUUAAAUGUGGACAUGGUACUAGGCAAAAGAUGAAAGCUACUGUCAUUUUGACAAGCAGUAGAUGAUCACAGAUAACUGUCAGUAUUCCUGACCCCAUGCAUUGUGAAAACUGCUCCUAUUUGUUUUAAUUCACCCCUUUAAUUGUGUCCGUUUUUAACAUUUCAUUUUCAUGUUCAACUUUUUACAGAAAUAAAGUAUGUCUUUUUUUAA